AUGGCAUCCCUUGAAACAAUUUACCUGGAAAGCAACCCUUGUCAGCAGGCUGAAGGUACAGGUUACAGACGGAGGAUAAUGCUGACACUUCCUCAGGUUAAGCAAAUUGAUGCCACGUUAGUAAUAUUCGCUUUCAAUUUAUCUCUAGAGUAUUUGGCUGACCUAGUCUGUAGUUUUGCGAGGUCUUCAUGA